UUUUUUUUUUUUUUUUACUUUUGAACAACUCCACCCAUUGACGAUUCUUAUCCUUUUUUUAACCCUAUCGAACAUUCCGAAACGGUUCAAUCCGCUGGUUGCCUGAUUACUACCAUUCUACUUCUUCAUCCUUCGUCGUCGCUCCUUGAUUAAUUUAGCGUGCAUCUUCCGAUCGAUUCCGUGGUUUUAGUUCUUGGUUUGGAAACAUGGCGCAACAACAGAAUGAUAAUGUGAUGCGAAGGAAGCUGGUCAUUAUAGGAGACGGUGCGUGUGGAAAAACCAGUCUUCUCAGUGUUUUUACCCUUGGCUACUUCCCAACUCAUUAUGUUCCCACCGUUUUUGAAAACUACGUGACGGAUUGCAGAGUCGACGGUCGAUCUGUUCAAUUGGCAUUAUGGGAUACUGCCGGUCAAGAAGAUUAUGAACGCUUGCGGCCUCUAGCAUACUCCAAAGCCCAUGUCCUCUUGAUUGGAUUUUCCGUGGAUACGCCAGAUUCUCUAGAAAACGUCAAGCACAAGUGGAUCGAUGAAGCAAACGAGCGAUGCCCGGGUGUUCCCGUAAUAUUAGUUGGAUUAAAGAAGGAUCUUCGCGAAGACCCAAUGGCAAUGGAAGAAAUGAGGAAGAAGUCCCUACGGUUCGUCACGACCAAGGAAGGAAGCGAAACUGGAACGCAGAUUGGUGCGCGCAAAUAUCUUGAAUGUUCCUCUUUGACGGGAGAGGGCGUCGACGACGUGUUUGAGGCAGCCACCCGUGCCGCGCUCCUCACAUUCGAAAAGCGAAAAACCUCAUGCUGCAUUGUGCUAUGAUGGAUCUGAACCCUGCCACGUCUGAUUUCGUGUUAUAUAUGCUGCUGCUUCUUUUUCCGACUCCAUGAUGGUAUUUGGAGCGACCACGGGCCAGCAGCGAUGAAGGUUAUUUGGCUUGUCUGUGGCUUUCCCGUCAGGGUUUCCUCUGCCGACAUUGAUGGGGGGAAAGGUUUUCCUCGAUGACUGUCGAUCGAUAUAUCUUGCAUGACUGGCGUUUGGGUGGUUUUUGAUGGGUUAUCUCUGCUUCGAUUCUCUCACCGACCUCGUUCGUUGCCCAUCGCUUUUUU